AUGCCAGCCAAGCCAACUAAACGUGGUUACAAAGUUUGGACCCGAGCAGAUGAAUCGGGAUUUGUUUGUCAAUUUCAGAUCUACACAGGCAAAACAGAUAGUCCUGAAAAACAAUUAGGAGCACGUGUGGUUCGUGAUCUUACACGUCACCUUGUUGGUCAUAAUCACCAAGUGUAUUUUGAUAAUUUUUUCACAGGAGUAGAGCUUCUAAUAUCUCUAAAACAGGAUAACAUCCUUGCAUAUGGCACAGUACGAUCUAAUCGCGCGAAUCUCCCCAAAAGUGAUAAGUCUGAUAAAAAAAUGGUUAUUGGAGAGUACGAAUACAAGACCUCGACAUCAGGACUCACAUGGAUAAAGUGGAUGGGUAAAAAACCAGUAUACUUUUUAUCCAAUUUUCACGACCCUACCGAUGUAACUGUUGUGAAUCGGAGGCAAAAAGAUGGUACUCUAACUCCUGUCAACAGUCCUGUCUUGUGUUCAGACUAUAACACACACAUGGGAUAUGUCGACUAUGCGGAUCGUGCAAUAUCUACUUACCAGAUUGAUCGUAAGUCCAAAAAAUGGUGGUUUAGAAUUUUUUGGCAUGUCAUCGAUCUCUGCAUAUGUAACGGAUUCAUUUUGUACAAGGAAAAACAAAUCAAACCACUUUUGUCAUUGAAAAAAUUCCGAAUGAGAUUGGUAGAACAAUUGGUGGUACAUAAGCUCCCAACUCCAAAAGGUAGGAAAAGAACGGCACCAAAUACUCCAAGCCAUGCAAAAAUCAAAGUACCUGAUGAAAAGAGACUUUCUAAUGCUGCUCACAUGCCACAAGUCUCAGAUACAUAUAAAAGAUGUAACCACUGUUCUACAAGAGAUAAGCCACAGAAGACGAGAUGGAUUUGUAGUACUUGUAAUGUUCCUCUGUGUCUUUUACCGGAAAGAAAUUGUUUUCAAAAACAUCACAUAUAG